GAUACUGAGGUCCGGUAUUUGUUACCAACACGUUGUACGUAGUUGUCUUUGUCUGUUACAUUCGUUUAUACCCAAGUAAUAACAUAUAUCGUUAGAGUUUCCGGACGUAGCCUAUUUUCGUGGAAUAGUUUAGACAAGUUAGUUCGCGUUCAAGUUGGACUUUAAUAUUUGUUAAAUAACCCGUUUCUGAUAAAUGUCCGAAUUAAAAUUAAAAAUGUCUGCAGCAGUAGAUACGAGUAAUGUUUCCUGGAAAAAACGCAAACACCCUGGUGAUCCAUCUAGGGAAUUGAAAAUAGAAAUGAAAAGACCGAGAUAUUAUUAUUACAGGCUUGCUAGUGAAAGCUCAAGAGGCUCGGAGGAAGACACUGAAAGCGUCUAUAGUGUUCAGGAUCACGAAACUGACGUGGCAAAGGAUACAACAGAUACUGAUUCAAAGUCUGAUGAUAAUGAAGACAUUGAAUUGAUAGAAUAUGAGGUUGCCAGUCUAUCUGAAGGCAGUGUGUCUUCAGGAUCCACUGCUAGUGAAACGGAUGAUCAGGUGAUUUUCGCGGCUGCUAUUGAAGCUAUUUGCGAUUCUUCUAUUGAAACCUGGAUAACAGAUGGAGAAGAAUCUGAUAGUAGCUCGUUUGAGAAUACGAGCAUAAAUACGUUGGGAUUUGUGACUUGUGUUCAAUGCAAAUCUAUUAAUGACAAUCCUCUUUAUAGAUAUUGUGAAAAAUGUUUUCAGAAUCGUAAGAAGUUUUAUCCGCCGAGACCGAGAGGUAACAAGAAAUCGAAAAAAAAGGUCGAUGAUCCUGUGAAAUUGGACACUUUGAGGUCCUGUCUAAGCGGAUUGUCGUCUUUAGAUUCAGGUGUAGGAUCGAGUCAGGAAUGUCCUCCGUUGGAUUUGGACCAGAUCGUUGUACCAGAUAAGCAUCUUAAAUCAGGUAUGUCAAUUAGUGAUGUAGGCGAUUUAUUACUGAAGGAAAAUGCUGCCGAGGAACACGGAAGUAAAUCGAAACGUAAAAGACAAGCUUCCGAAAGUAGUUUAUCCGAUUUCGAUGUAAAAAAAAGAAAAUUAUCGAGUCCGUCUAACGAAAAUUCCGUUAUAAAAAGCGAUGAAAAUAUAAAAUUCGAAAUUUCACAAAAUGAAAAUGCCGCGGUAACUUCGGAAAACGAUCAAUUAUCGAAUCAAACAUCGGAAACGUCGGAAUUGUGUAUAAUAUGCAACGGCGCCCCUAAAAAUAGCAUAUUCAUACAUACGAAUAUAGCUCACCAGUGCUGCUGUUAUAAAUGUGCCAAAAGGACUUUACGUACCACUAAAAGAUGUCCGAUUUGUAAUCGAUACGUUAAUAAAGUAUUGAAAUUAUUUACAGCUUAGCGAAAAAUUGAAAUUACAAAUUUUCUAGGUAGAUAGUUGGAAUUUAUAAUAAUUAUUUGAAAUGUCGUCGAAUUAUUUAUUUACGUAGAGGUAUUUAGAUGUUACGUAUUUUUUUUAUUUUCACCAAAAAAAAAAUCUUAGAACGGUGUUUUUUUUUGAUACGAGGUCGAAAAAACGACUACUUCUUUUAGGUAGUAAAAAUAUUAUCCAGUCCUGUCGUAUUCUAAUUGAUGUUUUUUUAAAAGGGCUUUUUUUUGUCUAUUUCAGAGAUUCCCGAACUUUUCUAGUUAAACCAGAAUAUAUUUUAGAUUCAUUUUCGUCGUUUAUAAUAUCCCCCAUUUUUUGAUUUUUUUUUCAUGUUUUAGCUCCACUGGAACACCUCUUGGACUCAUUUUUUUUGGUAUUCUGACUUUUCCAAUUGUUAUUUUUGGACUAUUUUCAUGUGUUAACUCUAUUGGAACACAUUUUUUACUCAUUUUCGUCGUUUAUAACUUUCCCUAUUCAAGUUUUGAUUUUUUUUCAUGUGCUAGCUCCACCGGAACACUUUUUGGACUCAUUUUUUUGGUAUUCUGACUUUUCCAAUUGUUAUUUUUGGACUAUUUUCAUGUUUUAACUCUAUUGGAACACAUUUUUGACUCAUUUUCGUCGUUUGUAAUUUUCCCUAUUCAAUUUUUGAUUUUUUUCAUGUUCUAACUCCACUAGAACACCUUUUGGACUCAUUUUUUAAUAUUUUUUCUCUUCCAAUUGUUAUUUUUGAAUUAUUUUCAUGUUUUAACCCUAUUGGAACACAUUUUCGUCGUUUAUAACUUUCCCUAUUCAAGUUUUGAUUUUUUUUCAUGUUCUAACUCCACUAGAACACCUUUUGAACUCAUUUUUUUGGCAUUCUUUUUUUCCUUUUGUUGUUUUUGGAAUAUUUUCAUGUUUUAACUCUAUUGGAACAUAUUUUAGAUUUAUUUUUGUAUGUUUCCUCUUCUUCAGUUCUUGUUUUGAACUUUUUUUUAUAUUCUAGUUCUACUGGAACAUUUUUCAAACUCAUUUUUAUGCGUUCUCAAUUUAUACUUCCACUCUUUCACUUUCUAUUUACUUUUCAUAAAUUUUCGGUUACUCAGUAUCAUUUUUUCCUUGUUUUAACUCUACUGGAAAACUUUGUUUGGUAUGUUCUAGCUUUCUUGGGAUCCAUUCUGAAUUUAUUCAUAGUUUAGCUCAAUUCUUGAACUUUGUCUAAACGUUCCAACUUCUCCGAAACAUUACAUCGUCUUUUUGAUGUUCCAAAUCAAUCGGAACAUCUUUUGGAUUUUGUUUCGUUUGUUCUAGCUUCCUUUGGAAUAUUUCUCGAUCUCUUUUGAGGUUUAGCUCAACUGGAACAUUGUUCUAGCUUUAUUAGAGUAAUUUCUGGACUUAUUUGCGAUCCACAUAAACUUGAACAUCUUUUGGAUGUAGUUUUAUACGUUUCAGCUUCAUUAGAACAUAUCUUGGUCUUUAUUUCGAUUUUUAGUUCAAUUGCAACAUAUUUAGGAUUUUGUACUCAGAGCCGGCUUAAGCUCAAACCGUAAUAAAAAUAAUAGUAUUUUGUUGGGAUUUAAACGUAAUCAACCCUGUAAAACAACGUUCCAAGUCCUCAAUUAAUUGACGUUGAAACUUCUUUUAAAUUUUUCUCUUUCUAUUUUCAUUCGAUUAGAAUUUAUGACGUAAAAUUAACAAAGGUGAGUGUUAGUUUUUCCUCCAAAGCUCCCUUAAAUUUAAAAUUAUUCUAUUUAUUAUAAAUUAUCUCAUAAAAAAAAUAUUGUCCCUAUAAUUUCCCAAGGAUAACGUAGGACGUAUUUAUAGAAAGUUCAUGGACCCCAUGAAUGCUACUAGCGGCACGCGAAUUUCAUUUUUAUAUUUUUCAUUUUCGCUGGUAUGUGACGUCUGGAAACCUCGUUUCAGAAAUUUAAGAGUGACAAGACUGAACCAAAGAUGUUUAAUAUAUUUUUUUUUUGUAUAUAUUUAUGUGUAUGGUACAAGGUAUGCGCGAAAUAAAACGAAAUAUUUUCAUUGACGGAUCAAUAUUUUAAAUCAUUCCACCAAAAAUCACCGUCGGAAACGUAUUUCUAUAAAUUUCGAUAAAAUAUUUCCUUUAAAUAUGGCACCGUCGCAGUUUUGGUUGAUGAAAUCGUUGUUCGAAAUAAUUCCACCAAAAAUCAACAUUUGAAUAUUAUUUCUAUGAUUUUCGAUAAAAUAUUAUGGCAACAUCGCAGUUUUUAUUAACGAAACACUGUUUGGAAUAAUUCCGCCAAAAAUAACAAUUUGAAACGUGUUUAUAUAAUUUUCGAUAAAAUAUUUUCUCUGAAUGUGGCAACGUCGAAAUUUGAUUAACAAAACGUUGUUUUUAAUCGUUCUACCGAAAAUCACCGUCGAAACUUAUUUCUAUAAUUUUCGAUUAAAUAUUUCCUUAAAAAAUGGCAACGUCGCAGUUUUCGUUGAUUAAACUUUGUUUGAAAUCAUUCCACCAAAAAUCACAAUUUGAAACGUGUUUACACAAUUUUCGAUAAAAUUGUUUAUCUAAAUAUGGCAACGCCGCAAUUUGCCAAUAAAACUUUGAUUGAAAUAAUUCCACCAAAAAUCACAAUUUGAAACACAUUUCUAUAAUUUUAGAUGAAUUUCUUUCUAUGAAUCUGGCAACGCCGCAAUUUUUGUUGAUGAUUUCAUUCUUCAAAAUAAUUCCACCACCAAAAAUCAACGUUUGAAACGGAUUUUUAUAAUUUUCGAUAAAGCAUUUCCUUUAAAUAUGGCAACGUCGCACUUUUCGGUAAUGAAACUUUGAUUGAAAUUAUUCCACCAAAAAUCACAAUUUGAAACAAUUUCCUUGAUUUUCGAUAAAAUUCGUUCUCUGAAUAUGGCAACACCGCAAUUUUGAUUGGAAUCGUACAAAACAGUAUUUCGUUAUUCCAAUGAAGAUUUACUUAUACGGGGUGAUCCGAAAUUAAUUUAUCAAUAAUAAUUUCUAUAUUUUAUUUUCUUUCAUUAAAGAUCGCCUUAUAUCCUCGCCAGUUAGAUUAUAGAGAGUUAUAGUAGUGGGAUAGUGGCAUAAUAAAACAUCAAAGUGUAUUAACUCUAAUAUAUUUCCAGCUUUCAAAUCUCAAUUUUUUUUUGUUCAAAAGGCAUUAAAUUCAUUGGUUUCAAAAAUCAAUAUUAUGCCGCAAUUUUCAACUAAUUAAUUCCCAUAUUCGAAAGCUCGGAAAUAUAUUAGAAUUAGUACAGUGUGGUGGUUGAUUUUGCCACAAUCCCACUACUUAUAUAUAUUUUUUUAACUGUUAAAAAUAGCCUCUUAAAUUUUUGAAAGGCACAUUGGCAACACUGGAAUGAAUAUCUAAUAUUAUAGAUCCAUACCUAAUUAAAUUAGGCUAUCAGGAUCUAUCCUUGCACGUUUCAGUAUAACUAGAAUUUUUUUUUAUGUUUAAUGUCAUAAAAAAAUUAUCCUAGUUCAUAUGAUGUGUCAUUUGGAUUAUUUGUGUUUAGAAAUUUUUGUGCAAUACAAUUUUUUUUAUUUUGUUUUGAAAUAAAUAUUUUCCGUGCUGGGUAAUAAAUUUUAUUACUCAUUU